AAGGGCACAGCAUCCCUACUGGCUGUGAUGAGUUAAGCUGCUGCAGACUGGGCAGCGGCAGGAUUCCUGGCCAGGACAGCCGUUAAUGUUGUGGGAGGGGCGGACAGAGCAGCAGCAGCAGCAGUCUGGGGUCCAACAUCCUCUCUGCGAAGGCUGACUGCCCCUCUACUUUAAAAACCUGCAGACCCCAAAUCUUUUCCAUGUGACAUCAGACGGACUUUUCAUAGAACAGGAAGCGGCAGGGCGAAGUAACAUUAAAGGGGACAUCGAAUUAACGCGGAGGCUGUUUCUGUGGAAGUUUAUUUCCCUUUUUUGGCCCGGUAUUCCCAGUAAACCAGGAAAAUUGCUUGGUGUAGCUGUAUCGGUGAGAAGGCUCGGGAGGAGGUGAAACUGCGGGAUAUGAUGACCGAGAAAGAAACGGCGACUGAGAAGAUAAUAUCAGAUGCAAUGGCUAAUCCUUCUCCUGCAAAGAGUAUGGGUGACCCUGGAAUUACCCCACUGUCUCCUUCACAUACUCAGCAAAGCGACACAGACCAGGUACCGUCGGGGCCGUCCUAUGUGGUGGUAGUAGCCAUUGAUUUUGGCACCACAUCCAGCGGUUAUGCUUAUGCCUUCACUAAGGAGCCGGAGUGCAUUCACACUAUGAGACGUUGGGAAGGCGGGGACCCUGGUGUGUCCAAUCAGAAGACUCCAACCACAAUCCUGCUGACUCCAGACAGGAAGUUCCACAGUUUUGGCUAUGCAGCACGUGACUUCUACCAUGACCUGGACCCCAGCGAGUCCAAACACUGGCUCUAUCUGGAAAAAUUCAAAAUGAAGCUCCACACCACUGCAAAUCUGUCCAUUGACACCGACCUCCACGCAGCCAAUGGGAAGCGUGUGAAAGCUCUGGAUAUCUUUGCAUAUGCACUGGCCUUCUUCAAAGAGCAAGCACUUAAGGAGCUGAGUGAUCAGACAGGCGGUGAGUUUGACAACAAUGAUGUGAGAUGGGUGAUCACUGUUCCUGCCAUUUGGAAAAUGCCUGCAAAGCAGUUCAUGAGGGAAGCUGCCUAUAAGUCUGGUCUGGUGUCCCGUGAAAACCCAGAGCAGCUGAUCAUCGCCUUAGAACCUGAGGCAGCAUCAAUCUAUUGCCGCAAGCUCCGCCUCCACCAGAUGGUGGAUCUAGGCACCCAAACCAUCCAGAACGGCUGCAGCCCCACUGACAACAUGGGGAGUGCAAUGACCCAAGCAAAGGAGCAUGUUCGGCGCAACCGGCAGAGCCGCACCUUUUUGGUGGAAAAUGUCAUAGGGGAGCUUUGGUCGGAACUGGAAGAAGGUGACCGUUAUGUGGUGGUGGAUUGUGGCGGAGGAACAGUGGACCUGACUGUCCAUCAGAUCCGUCUUCCAGAGGGACAUCUAAAGGAGCUCUACAAGGCCUCAGGUGGUCCCUAUGGCUCUAUCGGGAUUGACUAUGAAUUUGAGAAGCUGCUGUGUAAGAUCUUUGGCCAGGAUUUCAUUGACCAAUUUAAGAUCAAGAGGCCAGCCGCUUGGGUGGACCUGAUGAUUGCGUUUGAGUCUCGAAAGAGGGCAGCAGCCCCUGAUAGAACCAACCCCCUCAAUAUUAACCUGCCCUUUUCCUUCAUUGACUACUACAAGAAGUUCAGGGGCCACAGUGUGGAGCACGCACUUCGCAAAAGCAAUGUGGACUUUGUUAAAUGGUCGUCACAGGGGAUGCUGAGGAUGAGUCCAGAUGCCAUGAAUUCCCUCUUCAAGCCCACCAUAGACCACAUCAUCCAACAUCUCACUGAGCUGUUUGAGAAGCCAGAGGUGAGCGACAUAAAGUUCCUGUUCUUAGUCGGAGGCUUUGCUGAGUCUCCCCUGCUGCAGCAAGCUGUCCAGGACAUGCUCCAGGGCCGCAGCCGCAUCAUCAUACCCCAUGAUGUUGGCCUUACCAUUCUGAAAGGUGCUGUGCUGUUCGGCCUGGACCCCAGCAUCAUUAAAGUCCGCCGCUCACCCCUCACAUAUGGGGUGGGCGUCCUCAAUCGCUUUGUGGAAGGCAAGCACCCACCGGAAAAGCUGCUGGUGAAAGAUGGCACACGCUGGUGCACCGAUGUCUUUGACACCUUCAUCGCUGCUGACCAGUCUGUGGCACUGGGUGAGAUGGUGAAACGGAGCUACACGCCGGCCAAGCCCUCUCAGCAGGUUAUUGUCAUCCACGUCUACUGCUCCGAGAAGGAGAAAGUGGGAUUCAUCAGUGAGCCCAGCGUGAGGAAGUGUGGGACACUUCGCUUGGAUGUGAGUGGAACGGAAAGCACAGCACCGCGCCGUGAGAUCCAGACACUCAUGCAGUUUGGUGACACAGAGAUUCGGGCUAUGGCAGUGGAUGUGUCCACCGGACGCACCGUUAAAGCUAGCAUCGACUUCCUAAGCCAUUAAGAAGGGAACAAGAGAGCUAAUGUUCCAAAAUUGUUGGAGCAAUGAAAAUUGAAACAUACACCUUAAACACACACAAACACACAACAAGCUGUGGAUAUUUACUGAAAAGUGGUAAGGAUAAUGAAUCUCAAGGCUCAGUCACUCUCAGUUUAAGUGUUUAUGGUACAUGGUUUGAAUGAAAGUUCUAAACUUCACCUUAGAAUCUAUGUUACGACAAAAAAAAAAGAAAAAGUUCUGUGUGAUUUAUGUCCAUCACCUCAUUUUGACCCUGUAGUCUAUUUGCUGAGGAGGUCCAUAGUGUUCUUACCUUCUUCAAACCCUUUUACCCCAUGCUGAGGCUAAUGCUUUGUUGAGUCAGGUUGAAGAGCUGCUCACAGGAAAGAUGAAGGCUUAUUCACUUCCUAUUCACCAUUGCAGGACAGCUUUUCAAAUCUUCUCUCAGUGCAUUCCAGAGGAAAGACUCUCAAAGCCAUACAUCAAUAAUAUUCUAACACUAACACUGUGGAUACACAUUCAGAAUGUAUCUUUACAUGCAUCGGUUUCUUUCUGUCAGAUGACAGCAGAUCAUUGUGUAUUUGUGCACUACAAAAAUUAUUGUGUAUAAGGUCAUAAUAACAAGUCAUCAAGCUUUUGGAACAGCUACUUCAGUACAGUUCUGAGGGCCAUAUUAGUGGCUUUUGCAAGAUUCAACCCUUUUAACACAGUGCAAACUGUUAAUACGUCACACUGCUGCCGGCCAUUUUCCAAAUCAUACCAUUUUAUUUUACAUUGAUUUCCUUCAUUCAAGGAACAAUAGAUAAUUACUCAUUACUAAGAAAAGGGGGUUAGGCCAAGCUUGGCUAGGCCAUUUAAUUGGACUACUGUCCAUUGGGAGGAGAAAUAUUAUUAUUCACUGAAGUAUGUCCAAGUCCGCUACGAUAGGUGGUGAUAUGCGCCCUUUCAGCUUGUUAGUAUUGGACCCUUUUCUGGUUGACCCAUCACGUCAAAUAUAAAACAAUUGACAAAUAAGUUAGCUACAGUUAGCUAGUGGCAAACUGGCACCAUGGCGGACAACUUUCCAGCUCUACACCUUUUGCCCGUCCAUGACUCUGGAUGUAGAUUACGUUAUGUUGUUACCGGCCUCUUCUUUCAACUCCCAAUCACAUUAUCUGGGUGUGUUAGUCCGACUUUGAGAAAUUCAAUUUAGUACGUUUUCUGUCAGACUAACGUGUUUACAUGUAUUUUAAAAGUCUGUUUUUUAGUUGGACUAACACAAUAUAUAGAUUUUCUCUGUCAUGUAUAUGUACUGACUGUUAGCUUGCAUUUUUAGCUUAUUCAUAAUAAAGAACUACUGGCCUAACAAGCUUUGUAUGGCUAUGUAAAACAUAUCGGCCAUGGAUUAAGAUGGCAACAAAAGUUGCCUGUGUUAAUAUCGUUAAUAUAAUAGUAAACUAACUGUUCACAUCCAGGAGACUUAGAGCAAUAUGAGCAUUUACUUUAACACUUUUAACACACUGCUUCUUUUUUUUUUUUUUUUUUAGCUUUUUCAUAACAAUUCAUCAGUUGUCUAACCAGCUCGACAUGGCUGAUUAAAACACACCAUCUGUGGAUAAAGAUGGGUCUUGGAUUCGAAACAUUUCUGAAAAAUAUAUUAUGCUUGUUCAACAGAUAAGCAGCUUUUACUGCCUCCCUUAUUGGCAGGUUUUGUUACACUUGUGGCAGAGAGCAUUGCAGACAACAGGAGAACCAACCUUAAACCUUUGUCUCUAAACUACUGUAGUAAAAAAAAGUCUCCAUUCAGACUUAUCUCACCUACUUAAGAACUGAUACAUGUUACCAAAUGAUAGUCCACCACUGGUACCACAAAGGCAAUAUCCCUACCUGGGAGAUAGGAAAUCAGUCUAAAAACUGAGGGCAUACCUCUAAGAAUCACCACCAAAAAUAUCAAGUAAUCAGAAUUUUAACCAACAGGCUAAAUAAUGCAAAACCACCAGUAUGUUCCUUUAAGAUGAUCCUCAGCUAAAUCUUAAUCCAAGAAUGUGAAACAUGCUGCAAGGUCAAUCUGAAAAGCAAGUACAGCUAUCAAAUGCGCUUAAUUGUUGCCUUUAUUUGUUAAUGCUUCUGACUAUUAGAUGUGGACAAAAUGCCCCUUGCCCACUUGAAUAUUUGAUCCAGGUGUGAUUCUGCACAGAGGUGCAGGCCAGUUGAAACAGCCUGAAGUGUUUAUUUCUGUAAAUACAGUAUUUAAAUAUUGUACAGAUUUUUAGUAUUGUUUUUGCAGCUUUAGAACCGAGAGAGAGAGAGAGAGAGAGAGAGAGUGAAUGUGAGAUUGGGUUUGUGUAUGUGUGCUUUAACACAAUCAUCUCUCAACAUUUUGUUCUCACCAGCCAGAGCAUAAGAGGCUGAGGCAGAUUUGAUUGCUUUGUUUAUUCACAGUGAGAUAUUGUAUGUCUUCUGUUACUCUCUUUUUCGCUAUCAUUAAAAGAAACUUGAAUACCUCCGUCCUUAAAAAGGCAUUUCAAAUAUGAAAUGGUAGCAGUAUCUAAAUGUGUCCAAUCCUCCUUUCCAUCCCUCUUGCAGUACUGUAGGGUAGUUAGUUCUGUCGGGAUUUCAUCAUGAUUUAUAACAUAUUCACUGAAUAAAUAUUAAGACAAUAUUUUUCCCCUUACUGUGAAGAUAUUGAGUCACUGAAUUUAGAAAUUAUAGUUUCUUUGACUGAGGCAUAGUCAGCAAUAACCAUACAAGUGAAAAGCCACAUUUUCAAAUGCUUAUGAAAGGUUUAAGUUUUAAUUAAGAGUGCCUAGUAUGAAUAAAACGUGAUGUCAAGAGUCAUUCACCCUAUCAGGGCAUACACUACAUUCCCUCGCCCGCCUAAUGAUAUACUUAGCUUUAUAUAUGUGUGACUUCAGACAUAAUCUCUGAGCACUGGUUGUGAAUUCAUCAGAGGCUUUUGUCACGUCUAAAUGUUGGACACGUGAAAAAGUGUCAAAGGCUAAAUUAAAGGGACAUUGCUUUGUGUUAUCUCUUACCUUAAUCAACCUCCUCUGGCAGCCAGGAGAAACAGCACUGGUAAAAAAGAUUCUCUGUCCUCAGUCAAGCAUGGUGAUGUAGUGACCACAUCACGCAGUGGCUCUGUGGGUGUUACCUCUCAUUGACAGCAUUGUCAAUGGUGCAAAUUCAUGUGUGAAGGUCACAGUAUGCUUUAAAGCAGCACAUUCUCACUCUGAUCUCGUUACAUGUCCGUGUUUGGUCAUGGACUUUCCAUGUCAAGAUAUGACGUGCAACGUACCCUGAGGUGCAUUGGUUAUUAACGUUUUGGGACACUGUGUCAGCGUCAACUUGAUACAUACAUUGUUUUAAAAAUACACUUCUGUUUUCACAGGA